CCCUGGCCGCGUAUUCUUAGCAACGUCCAACAAUAAUCGGCCCUUCGUGUAGAUGAAGUGGCCGGUAUCAAGGGACCUCGUUCAUUCGCCGCGCCCGAAGGAGUCAGCGCGCUUCUCUCAUCAAAGCCAAAACCCUUGGGUGACUUCACAGCCGCCUGCUCCCAGCCCUCGUCUCCAGUUCCUCUCGUCAUACCGCCCGUUGCGGCCUAGUCACACCCCUCGUGUCCCUCGCGCCCAGCCUCUGUUUUCGCCGUCGGUGGUGGCCAAUCUUGCAACCCCGCAAGACGCAGCUCUUCGUCACCUGCCGCCCGCUUCCGUUCGCAGCCGCCGCCACCCCGUAGAGCAGGUAGACAUUUUUUUGAUCUUCCCGGCGUGACAACGUGCAAGCACAAAUAGAAAAAGCCACGCCGCAUCAGAGCA